GCAGUGAUAGCGAGCGCAGCGCCUCGGUUUAUCCACAAUCCUGCACAGCACCAACCCACCGCCGCUAAACGCCCCCAUUUCUUUUUACUUGAAACCUUUUACUCCCGCUCGCAGGCAGUGCUGCACGAGGACUAGGAUGACUGGGAAGACCCAGACCAGCAACGUGACCAACAAGAAUGACCCACGCUCCCUCAACUCCCGCGUCUUCAUUGGCAACCUCAACACAGCUGUGGUGACCAAGGGCGACAUCGAGGCCAUCUUCGCCAAGUACGGGAAGAUUGUGGGCUGCUCGGUGCACAAGGGCUACGCCUUCRUCCAGUACGCCAGCGAGAGGAACGCCAGGGUGGCCGUGGCCGGGGAGAACGCCAGGGUAAUCGCCGGACAAUCACUAGACGUCAACAUGGCAGGAGAGCCCAAACCAUACAGGCCUAAGAUGGGCUCCAAGAGGCCUCUCUCGUCCCUCUACAGUGGCUAUGAGUUUGACUAUGACUACUACAGAGACGAUUUCUACAGCAGACUCUUUGAGUAUCACGGUCGUGUCGUGCCCCCGACUCGGGCUGUGGUCCCCAUCAAACGUUCAAGACUACUUGUCCCCUCCACACGCAGAGCCAAAUCCUCCUUUACAGCCAGAGCUUGUUCCUCCUCUUCUUCCUCCUCCUCGACCUCCUCCCGAGCACUCCAUGCCGGCUCCUCCAUCGUGGCCCCUAAACUGAAGACAGACCAGCUCCUAACAAUCAAAAGGGAGCUGUCACAGAUCAAGACCAAGAUCGACUCACUGCUGGGAAGGCUGGAGAAGAUUGAGCGGCAACAUCGCUGUGACGCCGUGAUGCAGAGGAAACAAGAGGAGAUGUGUGAAUGUCUCCAUGGUGAUGCGUUGGACCACUCUGGUGGAGAGGAAGCAGAGGGGACAGCCGAGGUGGAGGCGGGGGAGAUGACGGACGGUGGUGAAGAUGACUUUGAAGAUGAAGGCACUAGCGACAUGGUAAUUAGGACAAGACGCCAUUUCCAGUCUCGACAAGGAGUGAGUGAUAGAGAACCACAUAUCAGACAUUGACAACUGAGUAAGUUUGAAGAGAAGAAGCCUACAAUACAUGAAGUUGGAGGAACAGAUACCAGCAAUACCUUUAUAGAGAGGGUGUAUUUGAAAUUAAAUGAAAGCAAUGAAGGCAGAAGGAAGAGUUUUACAACCUUGUUUGUUGCUUGUUUGCUUCGUUAGAACAAAACACUCCCAAUGUGAACUUCAUCAAAAUGCUGGUUAUGAAUAUUCUCCACACUGCUGCAGCGAGAUCAACUUUAAACAGCAAUCAAUAUUUUCCCCUCAGACUGAUAGCCUUGUGGAAAAUCAGGACAAUAAAGUAUAUUGUGUGCUUAAUAUAUUAUGAUCUGUAUUGUGCAUAAAAAUACAAUUACGUGAUCAAUGAAAUGAACCAUGAGAUGCCCUCCUUUUGUUGUACUGCAGAUGUAUUUGUUCUGUUUCUGUGCAUUUAAAAAGCAAAUAUGAAUGUACGAGGAACACGUUUUCUUUUCACAGAUGAUAAUUAUGUGAUUUUCUGUUAUUUGUAGAUUAUGCUGAAAAUGUACAGUAUGUAAUUUAUUCACAAACUGUAUUGUAUGCACAUCACGUUUUGUCAUUUGUUUAAACAUGAUAGGGUGCAUUUUUAAAUUCUGUUUAUAUUCUGUUUAUGGUAAUCAAAAGAUAAUUUUUUACUAUUAGCAUGUUUAAAAUGUGGCUAUUUUGCAUCAUUUGUAUUCAUUGCAUCUGUCACAGCUAUGGAAGAUAACAGUUUUUGAAAUAAACCUGU